AUGAACGGUGUUGACUACUUUUAUGAGUACACCGAUGAGGAGCUGGUGGAGCUCAUGGAGGACCCAUGGAAGGUCAAGAUGGCCAACCUUGGCCAGUGUUACGAGGGCAUCGGCCUUUUCUACUGGCCUCUCUGGAAGAGGCCAGUGGGAUUCGCCUUGGUCCAGUUGUUGGUCUAUGUGACCGCGCAGUUCCAGUACAGUAAGUUAAUUGAACGUUACUCUAUUUUUUACGAGACUUAACGCAAGGAAAAUAAUGAUAACAAUCUUCAAAAUAAACAUUACAAUAAUUAAAAUAACUAACAAUCUAAAAAUAACUAUCUUCAACAAUAUAUUCAAUGACUAUUAUUUCAGUCACGGAACGAACUGCGCACAUUGUUGUAACAGUGUUAGGACUGUACUUGCUGUAUACACAAUCAGCAGUAAUGGGGCACUUCUUUAUUCCCAUUAUUUGUUGGGCUUUGUUUUAUGGCACAGACCAGCUAAUGCUAGGCCGCAGUGAUCGCGGCAAUUUGAGUUUGAUCUUGGCCAUUAUUUGCUUGUGGUUUUGGUGAGUAUUAAAAUUUUUUUGAACUAAACGUCCCAAUUUAUUACCUUCUUAAUAAGUGUACUAGUCAUCUGUUGGCUUAAACAUUUUUUGUGUAACUGUAUUUUUUUAGGCAAAUAAACUUGUCAUCGGAAGGCUUCAUGCAGGUUCGCGGAGUCUUGAUGAUUAUGUGUAUGAAGAUGGUCUCGUUAUCAUACGACGACCUUAACCCAACGUUCUUUGAGCAUCUAGCAUUAGUGUUCAACCCAGCCACAGUCAUCUUUGGGCCAUAUAUUUCCUUGGAUCAGUUUCGAAGAAACAUGGUGCGGCCAAACACAACGCUGAAGUCGCUUCUCUUGGUGUUGGUCUACUCGGCAGUAGCAUUCGGGUUCUGUUUCUACAGUACUUGUUUAGUCGAGCUUCUACCCAGUGAGCCGGAGAUGUUGGAGGACUUUAAGAACGCCCAGGCCUUCAGAUUCAGCCACUUUUUCGUGUGCUACAUUUCGCUGACUACAGCUUUGAUGGCCGGGUUUUCAUCCUCGUUCCAAGUAGCUGGGGCUUUGGAAGUUGAGUGGCCGAAGUCUAUGUCAGAAGUUGUAAUUCAUUGGAACUACCCAAUGCAUGAGUUUUUGCACAAAUGUAAGAUUUUACUUGUGUUAUCCUUUUUUCAUAGUUAUUAAUCCUACUAUGACUGACUUCAUAAUCUUUUUUCAAUUAUUUUAGCUGGGUUUGCAUGUAAUUAUUGUUUUAAAUUGUACUGUAUAGACAACAUCAUACUUGCUGUAUUGUUUUAGACAUUUUCCGUCGCUUAGUUCACACUAACUAUGCCUUGGCAAUGCUGGCAACUUUUGCCAUGAGCUCAAUCUUGCACGGCCUUAAUUUCCAACUUUCGGCCGUUUUAACAUCGUUGGCCUUCUACGCCUACGUUGAAACCGUGUUUCGCCAAAAGCUUGGCAACUUGCUUAACGUUUGUGCUACUGGUAAGAAGUGCAAAAAGUGCACGCACCAAAGCGACAACACUUCAGUUACUGCGAUCGCUAUUAGCUUGAUAUUCACUAUGAUCAAUGUUUAUCAUUUGAUUUAUCUGGGCAUGGCUUUCGAUGGUACUGAACAGGAAACGGGCUACUCAUACAAACACACGAUCUCACACUGGUCGCGGUGGAACUUUUCGUCCCAUCUCAUUGCUGUAUUUAUGUUUUUCAUAGGUCUCUUGUAA